GUUGCUGUUCUUUACGGAUAACAGUUUUCAGCGCGAAGUGCGUGCGUGUGCGUGCGUCAAAAACGCAGUUCUGUAUGUGUGUUCGUGUGCUUUUCUUAUAUUUUUCUAAAGUAAUGUUAUUGAACUGGUUGCCUAUGUAAAGAGAAAGCCACGAAAACUACAAGCAUUUGUAAAUUCGUUGAAAAAUUUGCAGCUUACCAAUUCCAAAAUCUCAAAACAGUGACUGCAACACCAACAAAAACGCAGUAGCAGCGACGUCGGCAGAGAAACAACAAGAACAACAAUCUUGGCGUUGAAGCGAUGUGAGAGAGUGUAAUAUUUGACAGCAUGUGAGCUAAUCAGCAAAGCAGCGAUUUCUGCAAACAUUUUGAGCUUCUUAAGGGCAAUUAAUGAACGAAAAAGUGGAAAACUAUAGUAAAUAUAUAGUAAGAAAUAUAGUGAGAAAUUUUGUAUUUUUACGUUUUGUUCUCUAGAAAUUAAAAAAAAGAGAGGAUACAAAAAAUUUAGCUGUGACCACCAAGAAACGCAGUCGACUUCGCUGCCGGCAGAACGAAGAAAAAGAAAGAGCAUAAUAUAAAGCAGAAAAACCAGAUUUUAAUGUCUAAAUUUUAAAGAUUAAAUGUUUUAUUUUGCCUUAUGUUUGCCCAUUUAUACUCAAAAAUAUCGGUGUCAAAAUAGUUGCAAAUUCAGAACAGCAAAGCAACAACAAAGGCUGCUGCUUGUACGACCGAUGCACAAAUCUUGUCGGGAAAAAUAGGGUUCUGAAAGCGAAAUUAUGUUUUUAUUGGCUUAAAGAUGGAAAAUUGACUCCUGAAAUCGAAAAUCAAAGAAACUAAUACGCAAAGUAAUCAAAUAGUGACAAUUAAGGCAAGAUGACGGACUUUGUUGAGCUGAUGAACAGCAUGUCCAGUACAUUCAAUAGCGACUGUGCUACUUCAACAGCGGAGGGUGGUACUUUGCUAAAUCUGAACUUGGCGGAAGACAAAACCCUCAAGUGGCGUAAUUUGGCCAAUAACCAGUUCGCUAGUAAAGAAAAGAAGCACAAGGACAAGGAGGAGGAGGAGCGCAAGGAGGCAAGGAAUCAAGAGGAAAUCGAAGACAUCAAAGCACUUUUGGCAGAUGUUGUCGAUGCGGCCGCUGUCAAGCUGGAAGAAGAAGAAGCGCAGAAUGCAGAAAAAGUCGAACCACAUACAAAAUGCGAAAUAGAGGAAGAAGGUAGGAAGGAAAUGGAGUACGAUCAAGAUGUCGCAAAACAAGACUCCGAAAUGGAAAAAAAGCAGAAUGGCAAAGCAACAUCCAUAACAGUAAAGAUGGAAAGCAACGAGCGUGCAGAGAAACACGCAACGGAAAUUGCAACGACGUCGACAGAGAGAUGGGAAAACGAAAGCUUUAAAACUGAGCAGCAAAAUAAAAAAGCUGCUGAGAAAGAAGAAGAACCCAUACUAGCAGCAACACAAAAAUUGGAAGCAAAUGCAGAACCACUGACAACAACAAGAAUUGAGGUAGCAGUAGCAUCUCCACUUGUUGUUAGUUCUGCUAGCGUUAAACUCGCUGCUGACGCAACCAACCAAAUGCGAGCAGCGACGUCGGCAGGAGCAGCGACAUUAGCUGAUAAAAAUGUACAAGUUUCGCCCGGUGGAACGCGACGGUCUCGAAGAACACCCAGACCCAUAGACACGCCCACUUCAGUUACUGAUGAACAUGUUCAGGUGGAGAAUAAAAAAUUUGGAAAGUCGGAGCAGUAUACGGAUUGUAGUAGCCAUCUGGAGAGGUUCACACUGGACGAUAAUACUGCUAUUGUCAGACUGCAGUUGAAAAGUGAACCGGACAAACCGUCAUUAACUGCAUUAUCUCCUGAGGAAAACUCGGCUCCUGCUCCGAAGCGAGGAAGGGGUCGAGCCAGGAAAAUAAGACCCGAUGCCGAGGUGGAAACCAGUGAGGUUAUUUUACCCUGCGAGGAUUCAUUAGGGGAGAAGAAACCAGGACGCAAAAGGAAACUCCCGGAUGAACCGAUAGAUCAGCAGCAACUAAGCGACCUUGUCGUGGUAAAAACAGAGCAGGAGGAAUUGGGUGACGCUCCCUUGGGAGAUGUUAAGAGAAUGCGACGUAGCGUUCGUUUAGGCAAUCGAUUACACGCCGAUGGAAGCCCUUGGGAGGAGGUAAAGACAGAGGCACUUCACCCGCAGCCUUCUGCAGAACUUUCCUUUGCGGAGGUCACUUCUGAGAUCUUGCCACUAGCUGUCUUAGAUGAGAAGACCCCACCCAAAAAGCGAGGGCGGAAGGCAAAAACGCCCUGUGUGAAGUUAGAAUCUGAAACAUCCUGCGGGCUACCGUUUGCUAAUGGCAACAAGAAAACGAAUUCCUCUGGUGGAUGCGAACUUCAGCUGCCCAAGCGUUCAAAAAGAAGAAUAAAACCAACGCCAAAGAUAUUAGAAAAUGACGAACUGCGCUGUGAGUUCGAAACGAAGCACAUUGAGCGUAUGACCCAGUGGGAGAGUGCUGCAGCAGUAGAUGGGGAUUUUGAAACGCCAACAACAGGCGGUAAUGGGUCCAAUUCCUCGACCUCAAGGCAAAAGAGCGACAAGUCCGACGGGAGCAACUUCGAAGGUGGUCCAGGACAUCCUGCAGGCACAAGUGCCAUAAAGAAAAGACUAUUUUCAAAGUCCCAGCGGGACAUUGAGAACUAUGGCGCAGCAAUGCUAGCCAAAAGUAAGUUACCUCCGUGUCCGGAUGUCGAACAAUUUCUAAACGACAUCAAGGCAUCUCGAAUUAACGCGAAUCGGUCACCAGAAGAAAGGAAAUUGAACAAAAAACAGCAACGAAAACUGGCCAAACAAAAGGAAAAGCACCUGAAGCAUUUGGGCCUGCAAAAAAAUCACAGAGAUGAGCCCUCGGAUAACGACAGUUCCAAUACGGACAAUGAAUUCUUUCCUACUACAAGGGUGCAAGUGGGAAAACCAAGUGUUACUUUGAGAGUAAGGAAUAGUGUUACCAAGGAGCUUCCCACCACAGCCACUUUGAAAUCACGCCGGAAUCCAGUCGUGCAGGCAGCCAAACUCACGAGAAGGAUAGGUGCAAGAGCCGCCGGUGAAGUUACUGAGGCAGCCCGAGCAAGUGUGCCAAUUUCUACACCUGAUGCGGAGCAGCUUCACUCGUUGGACACUUCUAUUCAAGCUGAUGUUACGCCCAUAAGAGACUUAGAUAUGAGGCCCAGCACCUCCAGAGUGUCAAAGUUUAUUUGUCUAUGUCAGAAGCCUUCCCAGUAUUAUGCCAGGAAUGCCCCGGAUUCAUCAUACUGCUGUGCCAUCGAUCACAUCGACGACCAAAAAAUUGGCUGCUGCAACGAGCUGUCCUCAGAGGUUCACAAUCUACUCAGACCCAGCCAACGCGUUAGCUAUAUGAUCCUAUGCGAUGAGCACAAAAAGCGCCUACAAUCACACAACUGCUGCGCAGGAUGUGGCAUAUUUUGUACACAGGGAAAAUUUGUGCUAUGCAAGCAGCAGCACUUCUUUCAUCCCGAUUGUGCCCAGCGAUUUAUUCUAAGCACUUCGUACGAGAAGGAACUCGGCGAUGAGGAAGAUCAGGGCGUCAAAUUCAGCAGCCCUGUCUUAGUGCUUAAGUGCCCCCACUGCGGAUUAGAUACACCAGAACGGACCUCCACGGUGACCAUGAAGUGUCAGUCCCUGCCUGUCUUUCUGCGCACGCAAAAGUACAAGAUCAAACCCGCUAGAUUGACAACCUCUUCGCAUCUAACCCAAUUUGGAACAGUUGAGAAUGCCAAUACCCCAGGAGCCACCGCCAGGAACAAGGGAGGACUAUCCACCGCCGUAACCUUAAGCGCGGCAUCAAGUCCUGCCUCAAAAACAAAUGGAGCCCAGAGAGGCAGGGCGGGCACCUCCAAUUCUAACUCCAGGCAUGCUCUUAAUUCGAUCAACUUUGCUCAACUUAUACCCGAGUCCGUAAUGAAUGUAGUGCUGCGGGGCCACGUGGUUUCUGCUAGCGGUCGCGUGACCGCAGAGUUUACCCCGCGGGAUAUGUACUAUGCAGUCCAAAACGAUGACUUGGAGCGUGUAGCGGAGAUUCUGGCUGCCGACUUCAACGUGCUGACUCCCAUACGGGAGUACUUAAAUGGCACCUGCCUUCAUUUGGUGGCCCACUCGGGCACACUUCAGAUGGCCUAUCUCCUUCUCUGCAAAGGAGCAAGCUCACCGGAUUUCGUUAAUAUUGUGGAUUAUGAACUGCGGACUGCUUUAAUGUGUGCCGUGAUGAACGAGAAGUGCGACAUGCUGAAUCUAUUUCUUCAAUGUGGUGCGGAUGUGGCCAUUAAGGGUCCCGAUGGUAAGACCAGUCUGCAUAUUGCUGCCCAGUUAGGCAACUUGGAAGCCACACAGUUAAUUGUAGACAGCUAUCGAACUUCUCGAAAUAUUACCAGUUUUUUAAGUUUCAUUGAUGCCCAGGAUGAAGGCGGUUGGACGGCCAUGGUCUGGGCAGCAGAGCUGGGGCACACGGAUAUAGUUAGGUUGGCUUCUCUGCCCCAAGCGGUUUUCUUAAAGCUAAUUAAUAUUUUUCUCUUCAUUAGCUUCCUGCUUAACCAGGAUGCUGAUCCAAACAUAUGCGACAAUGACAACAAUACGGUGCUGCACUGGUCUACGCUGCACAAUGAUGGUCUGGACACGAUUACAGUACUGCUGCAGUCAGGGGCGGACUGCAAUGUACAGAAUGUAGAGGGCGACACGCCUUUGCACAUUGCUUGCCGGCAUUCUGUCACCCGCAUGUGCAUCGCGUUAAUAGCUAAUGGAGCCGAUCUAAUGAUUAAGAACAAGGCGGAACAACUGCCCUUUGAUUGCAUUCCGAAUGAGGAGUCUGAGUGCGGUCGCACUGUAGGUUUUAAUAUGCAAAUGCGUAGUUUCAGGCCUUUGGGCCUCCGUACCUUUGUGGUUUGUGCAGAUGCGUCGAAUGGCAGGGAGGCACGACCAAUCCAGGUGGUUCGCAACGAACUGGCAAUGUCUGAAAAUGAGGAUGAGGCCGAUUCGCUUAUGUGGCCGGAUUUUCGCUACGUAACACAAUGCAUUAUCCAGCAGAAUUCAGUGCAGAUUGACCGACGCGUUUCUCAAAUGCGCAUCUGCUCCUGCCUGGAUAGUUGCAGUAGCGAUCGCUGUCAGUGCAAUGGAGCCUCCUCGCAGAAUUGGUACACGGCAGAAAGUCGGCUAAACGCCGACUUUAACUACGAGGAUCCUGCGGUAAUCUUCGAAUGCAACGACGUCUGCGGUUGCAACCAGCUGUCCUGCAAAAACCGCGUGGUGCAGAAUGGUACACGGACACCCCUACAAAUUGUCGAGUGCGAGGAUCAGGCGAAGGGCUGGGGAGUACGGGCGCUGGCCAAUGUACCCAAAGGCACUUUUGUGGGCAGUUAUACGGGUGAGAUUUUGACCGCGAUGGAGGCAGAUCGACGCACCGAUGACAGCUACUACUUUGACCUGGACAACGGGCACUGCAUCGAUGCCAACUAUUAUGGAAAUGUAACCCGGUUUUUUAACCACUCGUGUGAGCCGAAUGUUUUGCCCGUUCGUGUUUUCUACGAGCAUCAGGACUACAGAUUCCCUAAGAUCGCCUUUUUUUCCUGCCGUGACAUCGAUGCCGGAGAGGAAAUAUGCUUUGACUACGGAGAAAAAUUCUGGCGCGUGGAACAUCGCUCCUGUGUUGGAUGUCGAUGCCUGACAACAACCUGCAAGUACGCCUCCCAAUCCUCAAGCACAAAUGCCUCGCCUACGAAUGCAACAACGGCACCGGAAAAUGAAACGGGAACGCUGUCGUCUACAAAUACGGAGAAAAUUGGACACGCGUAGGCUAAAACCACCUAAACCUGAGAUGAUUGCAGAUUUCACAGUCUCAUCCAACAAAUAAAAUCCCCACCUAAACCAUCAGCAACCAGAUGAGCCGGGCAUAUAAAAUCGCAGCAACCCCAAAUUCGAUAACAAUAUUUGUAAUAUAAACAUUGAAUCGUUAUCGAAGCCCGGUCGGCUUUCUUUCUUUUUUGACUGCCAAAUGUUUCGUGGUUAACCACUUUUUAUCUAUUUUUACGUAUACAAAUAGUGUUUGUUUAUUAUUAAUUUUGUUUGAUUUGUAUUAAUGUUUUACGCCUUAUUAAUAAUGUUUUUAUUCUUAGUACCUGUAAAAACAAAUUAGUUUAUACUUUCUGCGCGAAACAAACUAAUGACAUAAGAAGGGCAUAUCAAAAUUGUUUCCCGAUAUUGUGGGUGUGCGUGUUUCCGGAACGUAAAUGUUUUAAACUUAAAAUUAGACUUGGACAUUACCAGGCAUAAAAUAGAAUUGUAAUGGAGGAAAGACCAUCUAGUCAUAAGAAUGAAGGAGACAAAGUAUUUCCAUAGAAAAGAGAAAAAAAAUUUUUUUUAAUAGAAGUAGUCGGUUUUUUUUUUUAAUUUGUAUGAGCUCUGGAGCAUACAUAUGUAAAUACGUGAUACGAAAAAGUAAUACGUUUGAUUUUACCGUUAACCAUGAAAAUUAGACCGUUUAAAUUGACCUGUAAUGGGCAACUAAAUGUUACUCGCAACCAAAAGUAAAGGAGGAAUUAUUUAGCAAAAAAAAAAAACAUUGUCUAUAUUAUGGAUUACAUGUUUUGUGCAGGGUGAAGUACAUACAUACCCCCAAUUGAUUACCACUCUACCAAUCCCAUCAAAUCUGAAGUCUAUCACGUAUACAAAUUUUUCAGUUUGCUAAGCAAGCCAAGCCACAAGUGCCUAAAAGAAAAUUAUUUCUUACCCGGUUGCCCUUUAGGAUAACCCUAAUUUUACUAUAAAGCAAUAUAGUUUUUUUAGGCUGUAAAUGUUAACGCGGGGUUUGUAUGUGUAAUUAACUUUGUCUGUUUAAAACGGCAACAUGUAAUUUAAGUCGCAAGAUUUUCCGUUUCAGCAACAAAGUCAUAGGUCACCGAAAGGCGCUUCUUUGAUUUUCUGCUGGCAUUUUUAUCCAUAUUUAUGUAACCACGACAAGAGUAAUGAUGAAAAUAUAUUUAUACAGAUCAGUGUCCCUUGGCGGUAUUAACUGUUACGGCUGACAGUUUAAGCUGUCAUCUUAAUGCAUUUGUUUUUUGUUUUUCUUUUGCAAUAAAAUUUGUAAGUUUUACGCAUAAUUGAAAGAAUAGGUAUGCAAGGAGUCAUUUUUCGAGUGCAGCUACGUUAAUGUUUAACCAUAAAAUAUUGAAUUGAUUAAAUUCG